AGGUCCCAUCCAAAGCCGAAUAAGCUCUUCCUGGUUGAUCUCCACGCCCUCCCUCCCGGACGUGUUCCCUCCCUCCCUCCCUCUUUUCGGGCCCCCUCCCCUACACGCCGGCUCUGAGAUGAGGAGACAAGUUCGCCCACCGCACUCACACUCCUCUCCGCAGUCGCUUUCUUCUGUUUCGGACAAACUGAGGUGGAGGGGGGACCUCGGAACAGGAGAAGCGUAUUUUAUCAUCUAAGGAAUAACAUCCGAGCCUGGUAACUUUUGGGACUGCUUUGGUGCACGUUCAGGAUGAACAAAGCCGAGAAGGAAAACGAGCCGAGUGAAUUCAGCAGCCACGAAGAAGAGGUCCGAACGCUCUUUGUCAGCGGGCUGCCACUGGACAUCAAGCCACGGGAGCUCUAUCUUCUCUUCAGACCAUUUAAGGGCUAUGAAGGUUCCUUGAUAAAGCUCACCUCCAAACAGCCGGUGGGCUUUGUCAGCUUUGACAGUCGAUCAGAGGCGGAAGCUGCUAAGAAUGCCUUGAACGGGGUCCGCUUUGAUCCGGAGAUCCCACAGACCCUCCGGCUGGAAUUUGCCAAGGCCAACACCAAGAUGGCCAAGAACAAGCUAGUUGGCACCCCCAACCCUCCUUCAUCCCAGCAGAGCCCCGGCCCACAGUUCAUUAGCAGAGACCCGUAUGAGCUCACAGUGCCCGCUCUCUAUCCCGGCAGCCCAGACGUGUGGGCCUCGUACCCGCUGUACCCGGCGGAGCUGUCGCCGGCCCUCCCACCCGCUUUCACCUACCCCUCCUCUCUCCACGCUCAGAUUCGCUGGCUCCCACCUGCAGAUGGAACUCCUCAGGGAUGGAAGUCGAGGCAGUUCUGCUGAAGUAUGUGUUCCUGAUGUGUGAUGGUGGGCUCGGCCGGCUGUGACGGGCCUCGCUGACUGCCUCUCCGCUCCGAUUUGACCCCUCUGGGAGGAGUGACUCCGGCUGCGGUAGCAGCGAACCGUCGGCCUCGGGACACACCAGACACCCGCCUCCAUCACACAUCGAGAACCCACCCCUGCCCACUUUUUUUUUUGUUCUUUUUUUUUUUUAAAUACCGUUACAGACUCAAGAUAUCCUGGCGGCGCUCUGGCUACACUUCCGCCAAAGGUCCCCCCCCCGCAGCCCUCUCAGCCCCCGCCCCGCUUUGUUUACAAGUAUGCAAGGAGAUGUGCGCUCAUAUGCACGGGCGUGUGGCUAAAGCGCUGCCGGAUGGUGAAGAUGAAGACGUUAUUAUCCGACUAAGUAGUCCUUAUAUCAUUCUUAUUCGUGUUAGUAGGAAUUAUUAAGAGCAUGACAUUGAGACAAAACAAACAAAAAAAAAACAACUAACUAAGAUUGUUCCUCCCAAAAAAAAAAAUGUUUUUUACGAGAGGUAUUUUUGUAACCAAUUUAGAUGGGUUCAUGUUGGCCUAGUGUGGAAUUAUGAUGCAACAAAUGAACAAAUUAUUUACAGUUGUUACCAUUUUAAAGGUGUUCUAUUGUGAGGGGGGACAAUGUGUAAUCCCAUCAUACUGUUGCGAGAAAAAUUUAGAGAGAAUGGUUGUAACAUUUCAAGAAAGAAAGGGGAAGUAGGAUUUGCGUUACAACCUCUCCCCACACACUUCCCACCCUUUGACUCGGCUGCGUUCAUAAAUUCAUCUGCAAUCUGGCAACACGCGAAGACGCCGAAACGUCAGUUUUAUAACGAUGUUCAAGUUUUUUUCUUUUGAUCUUAAAAUGGCUUCCCUUAACCAGAAUCCCAUGUCGCACUGCCGCGGAAGCUACAAUCCUGGUAGAUGAAUGCGCAUUGUGAACUAUCGUUGCUUCUUCUUCGUCUUCUUCUUUGAAAGAGGUCAACAAAAAAAAAAGAAGGAGGAUCUUUCACUGGAAGUCGCCAAAUGGUAGUCAUGGCACCCACCUUUCGGUUUGCACAACAAGGUGUAUUAAUCUACUAGGAUUGUACUUUUGUCUUCAAUGUGACUUCUGGUUAAGGAAAGCCAUUUUAAACUAAAAAGUAAAAGUAACAUUGUUAUGAUAUGGAUGUUUCCUCGUCCUUCUGCGCGGCAGAAGGCGGAGCUUGCUCUGCUCACGUUAAUUUCCGAACGCAGCUGUUUACUUUCCAACGAAAAUGCCAUAAUUUUAACAGACAGUAAUAGUCGCAUUGAAAUCAAAAAGCUGUUGUGUUCCAAGACAGCCGUAAAGUUGCAGAAUGUCACAUUGCAAAAAAAAAAGUCAUGUUGCAAGACUACAUUUACAAAAUUGCUCUGUCGUGAAAGUAGUCGUCAUCUUGUUGCAAUGAAAGUUUGAAUUUCAUCACACUGUUUAUAAGGAGGUCCAUUAUUCCUUGAAAAAAAUGAAUACAUUUGUGCUGUUAUGGGAAAAAAGAUGGCAUUUUGCCAUAACAAGACAAUUGUAAUAAAUUAUGUGUUACUAAAACCAUUCCCCGUUUUUCACCCACAAACACUGGUUGUGCUCGUAAUAUAAAGAUUUUUUUUCUUGCAAUUUUAUGACCAUCAAAGUCGGAAUCGCUUCGACUUUUCAUUUCUUAUGGUUGUAAAAUUACACGAUUCCCUCUCACAAUAUUAGGACUUCAUCUGACAAUCGAACAAAUGAUUAGGGGUUUUUUUUUCUUCUUUUUUUUGUUUUUGUUAGGGUUGUCCUCUGCAUGGUAUUCCAAAUCAAAUGCCAAGAGAUUACCUCCGCCUAGUUCAACAUGAAACUCUUUUGUUUGACCUCUGGAGUUAAUGCUGUGGCUUUGUUUUUUGUUUGUUUGUUUGUUUUUUGGCUUUUUUUUAUUUGCCAGCCAACAAGAAGAGAGUGCGAUACCAAAGCCGUACUGUUGGCGUGCUCUUGUUGACGCGAGUGUUUCUUUUUUCGAGACGGCAAUACACAGCUAUAAUUAGCAGCAGACCAAAGGCAUUUCAUUUUGUACACUGGAGCUAAGCGAGCUCGGAUCGUGCAACUUUUCUCUUUUUGACGCCUUUCAUCAAGUCCUCAAUCGGAUUUUUUUUUCUUCUUCUUCUUUAGUUAAGGGCGCUGACUUGAAGUCUCCUUUUGUCUAUUUUUAGGCAACUACUUUUCUGUAUUGAAAUGUUCAUCUUUAAGAAGGGAGCCGAGUCUGCCGUAGCAACGUCCAUCGCAAAAAUCUUGUCCUUGCCACAGUUUGACAACCAAAUUUUUACAUGUCGUUUUCGUAAACAAUCUUCCCCGUUAGAUAGCGUUGUAUCUCGGAAGGCGUAUUUGGACCACACUGUACUGAAAGAGGGCGGCCCGGUAGUCCAGUGGUUAGCACGUCGGCUUCACAGUGCAGAGGUACCGGGUUCGAUUCCAGCUCCGGCCUCCCUGUGUGGAGUUUGCAUGUUCUCCCCGGGCCUGCGUGGGUUUUCUCCGGGUGCUCCGGUUUCCUCCCACAUUCCAAAAACAUGUGUGGCAGGCUGAUUGGACGCUCUAAAUUGCCCCUAGGUGUGAGUGUGAGUGCGAAUGGUUGUUCGUUUCUGUGUGCCCUGCGAUUGGCUGGCAACCGAUUCAGGGUGUCCCCCGCCUACUGCCCGAAGACGGCUGAGAUAGGCUCCAGCACCCCCCGCGACCCUAGUGCGGCUUGGAAGAUGAAUGAAUGAAUGAAUGAAUGUACUGAAAGAAAAUGACUCUAAAAGGCCACGGGAAAAAAGUCGCAAUUGUAAAGGACAUAAGUUGCAACACUGUAUUAGUCACAAUAUUCCAUGAAUAAAUUCUGAAGAUACCAGAUAAAAAAGUUGUUACUAGGAAAAAAAAUUCGGACCAGCAUAAACAAAUACUAUUACGAUAAAAAAGUCGUGUGGAAAAGUCGCAAUGUUGUGAAAAGUUGUUCUGUUCUGAAAAUGAAGUCUAUACUCUUGUACUUUUUUUUCCCCUUCUUGGUAUGUUCCGACUUUAUUUUUGCCCAAAUUUUCUAUUAUGCCUUUUUUUUCAUUGAUUUGUCUUUUUUAAAGUUUUUCCUUCCUCACGAUAUUACAACUUGAGCUCCAUCAUAUUUUUCCUGGAAAGAUGACUUUAUUCUGGUGAAUGCAUUUUAUUUUUGGGUUAUUCGUGACUUGAUUCCGUGUACAUCGAGUUGUCUAUUUUGCAUAUAUUCGGCUAACUUUUUUCCUGUUUUUGUGUGGCCCAAAUACACCUUCUUAUCAGACUAGUUGAUGUUUAACAAUUAUUAAUAUGCACAAUGGUAUCCGAUCCGAGAAUUAUUUUUUUUUUAUAAGGCAUUUUUUUCAUGCCGUUUUUUCCCCUUUCCAAGUAUUUAUAAAGUGUGCGCGUGCGUAUUUUAUGGGUGUUGUUUUCCCAAUUAUAUAAUUCAAUGUAAGUAUUAUUGUAUAUUCAUUUGUAUGUGUGGGUGUGUGUUGUAUCAGACGGGUUGGAACGUACUGUACUGUAUGGAUCAUAUACUGUAUAAAUACUACAUAAUUCACUGUGAAAUCCUGAUUUAAAAAAAACGAAAAGAAAACAAAUGCCAUUGGGGUGUUUUUCUAAUAUGGUACAGUACAUGCUUGUUUGUGUAUACGUUGUUGCUAGCUGCAUAUUAGCCAAGCCUUGUUUGUCUCAAAACAACAACAAAAAAAGGUUUUUAUGAAAAUGUUCAUUGAAGACAUUUCAGGCCGUUUGCCAUUAAAGAUCGACAUGAUCCCGAUA